AUGUCUCAAGACUACUCCGGCGAAGACCCCAUGGUCCAAGCCAAACGAGCAGAACGAGAUCUCAACUCCCACGAAGCCAAAACAGGCCAUGAACAAUCCAGUACUGCAACAGAAUCCGGCGUCGACGCAAGCGCAGAACAUAAGUUCCCUGGCUCCAAAGUAAGCUACGGCUCUGCAGCCAGCGGCGCCGGCGAUAACCGCGAGAUCCCGUCUGAAGAAGGAGGCGCACAGCAAAGAGGUACGGGCCGGGUGACCAAGGCAGGGGAUUUUGAUCAGGGAGAGGCAGGGGAAGGGCCGGAAGAUGUAGCGACACAGCGAGAGCAGGAUAAUUCGGGCAGUGAUGACGUGAGAGCAAACGUGGGGAAAUGA